CUAACUCUCAGUCAGCGGGACAGUUCAGAGCCCAGCCAAGCCCAACAUGAUGGACCUGUUUGAGACCAGCACUUAUUUCUUUAAUGAUCUGCGCUACAUAGAGGCGGACCAGAACUCACUGCAGAACCUGGAUAUAGCAGAAGUGUCUCCACUGUACCAAAGCAGCGAGAGCCCAUUGUCUCCUGCCAGAGGCCAAGAUCCCAUUCCCAGUGAGCCGGGCUGUGAUAGCAGCGGAGAAGAGCAUGUUCCCGCCCCUCCUGGUCUCCAAGCACACUGUGAAGGCCACUGCCUGAUCUGGGCCUGUAAAAUCUGCAAAAGAAAGUGCGCCCCUAAUGACCGGAGAAAGGCUGCCACGCUACGGGAGCGACGGCGGCUCAAAAAAAUUAACGAAGCUUUUGAGGCUCUGAAGAAGAAAACUGUUCCAAAUCCCAACCAGCGGCUGCCCAAGGUGGAGAUCUUACGCAGUGCUAUUAACUACAUUGAGAAGCUUCAGGACCUGCUGCACAGCCUGGACGAGCAGGACAAACUGUCCGACAGGACCACUUACAGCUACAGUGGCAAAGAUCACAAUGUUAACGGUGGAUAUCAGUGGAAGAAAUCGUGUCAGAGCUGGCAGGAAAAUGUGGAUCAUUCCAACGACAGUCCAUCUCAUCCUAGAGAAGAGUGUCCCGUGGAGUCGUCAGCGUCCAGCCUGCGACACCUGUCUUCCAUCGUUAACAGCAUUUCCACAGAGGACACUAAAGCGCCCUGUCCCGAGGAGAGCGCAGAGAAAUGAAGAGCGAUAAACCAGAAGAAAUCCCACAAUUCCACAGUUCUGUCGCAUCUCAGUUCUGCUGUUUUAUAUUCAUAUUUAUGUACAUUUAUUUGUGAAUUUAAGGCCAGUAUACUGUAGAACUGCACGUGAUUCCAACUUUCUAACAGUCAUAAUAAUCGACAGAGUGAUUCCGGGCAAUUCUUUAUAAUGUGUACAUAGAUUUUAAUAUUUAUUAUUACUUAUUAACUUAUUUUGUAUUUAUGAAUAAAAGAGAAUGGAAACACA